UUUCAGAACACACUGGAAAUCUUGUGCAAGAGCUGACCGUCUGCCAAUAUGGAACCGAAAGGAGGAGGGGUACUGAAGUUUUAGUAGCCGCCAUGUUUUUCUCUGAGUGGGGUGUGUAGAAGAGGCCGGGGUGAAAAUCAUCUCUCGAGGCAUGCAGUGUCAAAAUGGGAAGGAAACAAACUAUACCUGUUAUCCUUCGCUAAGACCUGCCGCCUCAUUUACACAAAAUAUCCACCACCUGUGCACAAGAACUAAGUAAUUUUUAAUCAACGUAACUGAAACUACAAGAAGUAUUACUACUGAUUGUGGGUAACGUAACUAAAACUGAGAAAUUACAAGUAACAAAGAGAAGCAACAGAACAUUUAUCAAGCUAAUAAAUGUUAAGGUGGUGGAUUGAGUAAAAUUGAAACAUUAAAAGGACAAUAAUAUAAUACCGUAACUCUAUUGUAAAUAGGAGAGAAGAUGAUCACCCUGGAGGUAGCAGAGUCUGUAAAAGUUCUUGGGUCUUGGGGGAACUUUAUUAAAAGGAAAUGAGGAAUCCGGCGUUACACCUGGUUGGGAUAGCGGCAUCCCCUGGAGGAGGCGAAGUGUUUGAUACAAGGGCCGAGGAGGAGUUGCGCCAGUGGCUGGAAGCACGCUUGGACGCAUUGGGAAUAGACCCAGUUGCGUACUCGCGAUUUGUGCUUAGCCUACUGCGUCGCCCCAACUCGGCCCUCAGUCCUCCAGAAGAAGCAAUAGGUACAGGUAGAAGUGGAGGACGUCGCAUUCGUGCUCGUCCUAAAGCUAAGCUACCAACACAAGGAGACCGAGUACAGAGACGUGCUGUUGUGCAAUGUCUGACGAGUGCUGCCGAUAACAAAUGUGGGGUGGAAACGCUAGUCGAUGAAUUAUGUAUGAAAUUGCGGGACUUGGAAGGAGGUGGCUCAGACGAGAAAGAGGAAGUAUCCGCAAAGUCUGAUUGUGAAAAUAAAACAAACUUAGAGUUGCUUACACCACGUGACAGAGCUCUCAGAUACUACGCGGCUUUUCCUGCUUUGCAACCUACGCCCCUUAAAAAGGUUUCUCAGAGAAAGGAUAAAAACUUUGGAAAUAAUAAUAAUAAUAAUAAUAACAACAACAACAAUAAUAACAACAACAACAAAAUCAACGGAGUCAAGUAUAAUAAUAACAAGAACAACAAUAAAUCUCGCAAUAAGAAGACUAAAAUGUCCAUUAGUAUUGACUCGCGCAGAUUAGAAGACAAAGAAAGUUUUGGAUUUGCUAAAUCAAUGGAGCUUGAAAGAGAAAAAGAACGAGAAUUAGAAUUAGAUCAACUCAGAUUGGCACAGUUGCAAGCAAAGUUUGACGAGAGCUUAGAAGCACUUUGGGAUUCAGGACCAGGCAAUGCACAGGACACGGCUUCUAUUUGGGCAGCUCCUACUCUUUCUAUUCCUUCAGGACCUCUUUGGCCGACAGACACUACCGAGACAAUCUUUACUUUAUCCACCUCGGACAAUGGUUAUGCUACUGACACACCGUACCAAGAAUCUAUCGUUGACGACUCGCCGCUUAUUCCAUGGGACAUUGAUUUAAUCAGUAUCGAAGAUUAUGCGGAUGAAUGUAAUAACAAAAAUAAAUCAGAGAGCAACGUUAACUGGUCUGAUUCCGCAAUGGAUGGAUCUUGGUGCUGGAAAGGGCUUGGCAGUAACUUAGCCGCCUUGGGUCACAGUCCUCAGACGGGCAGUUGCUUCUUUCCAGUUGCACCGCGUAAGACACCCAUUGGAACACGCAAGGAAUCUCAUUCAAAUCUGAAGGUGAACAGCCUUCCAGAACCUGACGAGGAUUUGCUUACUUCCGCUCGCACACACUUUCGUCCGAUAAAGGAUGACGGUCAGUGGGCCGAUGGAACUACGUUCCCUGUGAACAAUACUUUAGAGCGGGUUGCGUAUCGUAGAUCCGAGUCAGGGAACUUGUUAUACCUUCCUGGUGGAGAGAGUCCAUACAUGGAAUAUCGAGAGAACGACUCGCCGAUUCCUCCAGUGUCUUCGAAUUUAACGUUGAAAUUUAGGGUGCGUCAAUGUGACAAGUGCGUUCAAACCGAGCCCAUUCGAUCUCCGGUCAAACGCAGAAUUCUCUCCGAACAGGAUCAAUUUCAUUAUACUCCGGUCGGAGAGGAAGAUACAGUUAUUCGCGAAGAGGAGAAAAUCGAGAAAGAUUGCUAUGCAUUGGGUCAACUGGGCUGGGUACGAUCUAACGUACCUCUGCACAAUGAUAGGAAGAGAAGGCACAGUAGCAGCUUCGGAUGCCAGCCUCUGACGACUUUGCGUCCGUUGACCUUAUGAACUGGAUAAAUACGAGCUGCUAAAAUGCUCUAAUGAUUCAAGAUCCGAGGUUUAGCUACACGUUUCUUUUCCAAGACGAAGACGCAAACCGUUAAUGAACACGACAGAAAGGGGGGGGCCUCUUGGCAUGUGGAAUUUGUUAUGCAUGUAUCCAAGACGGUGCCGUUAAUAAUAAUAGUAAUAAUAAUAGUAAUAAUAAUAAAAAAAAAAAUAUCCCCCGUUGUCGUUAAACAAAGAAGUAAAACAAAAAAUGCGAAGCGAGAUGAAAGGAAUAUUAUAUGUUCAUUUAGAUAAUUAUUAUUAACCCUUUGACAAGUAAAGCAAAAAAGAAAUGGAACAAAGUAAAAAAAAAAGUAUAUGUUACGCAGCAUUCAAUGAUGUGCGCGUGUGCACGCACGCGCGACUGAAAGGGAGAAGAUAAAAAAAAAAUAUAUUGAGAACGUAGUCCACGAGAUUUCGUUUGUAGCUUGUUAAUAAUUUUACGCGAACUUUCGAGAAGAAGAGAGAACAAACACCAAAAAAAAAAAAAAUUAGUGCGCUGAUUUUCUAUAGAGAUAGUAGUAAGCAGAGUUAUCCUUUUUUCUGUUUCUCAUCCGAUGUGCAGGCAUUUCGUGUGCGCUUCAUUGGAUGACGUAUUGCAAACAACGAGAGAAAAGAGAUAGAUAGAUAGAUGUACAUAUAUAGAGAGGGCGGGGGGGUGGGCGGGGGGGGGGGGGAGUAUGGAAUAAAAAAAAGAUAACCAUGAAAAAGUGCCCUAAAAAAAAAAAAAAAAGACAGAAUUACACUGAAAAUCGAGAGAGAGCGAGAGGGGGGGGGGUAAUUUCGAAGACGGAGUACUUAUAUAAACGAAUAAAAUGGGAAAAUCAAUCAUAAAGUGGCGCACGACAAUUACACCACGAAAUCAUCGUCGAAAUAAUGUUCUAUUUUCUUGUUGUUUUCUUUUCGUAAUUAUUAAUGGAUUAUCUUAAUUGUAUCUCCCUAACUAUAAUUUAACUUCCUAGAAGAAUAAUACCCUAAUUCCCCCUUCCACCUAUCAUCGAAUCCCAUGUUUCGAACAUACCCCAGUAUCCAAUGCUUUUCCUGUGCUCCCUCGGAGGAAAUAUAUCGGAUAACUAAGAACGUACAUGUGGGUAAACGAGGAAGAAAAAUGAAAUAACGUGUAUGGUGGGACGCACGCCUACCCUCGGUGCGAAGGUACGGCGAAGCCGUAUAAGAAACGUUAUUCGAGAGUUGAAUGCCUUUUAAACAAGAGAAACGUAUAAAUAUAUAAGAAACAAGGGUUGAAGUAACGCGGAAACAUGACGCGAAAAGGGUUACUCGCGAUAACGAACGAAAUGUUUCGUAUGAAAAGUGUGCGAUGCGAUGAGAAAGAUGGAAUAAAGAAAAAAAAAAAAAGAAUCUAAACAUGUAUUCUCUGAGCGAAUCAAUGUACGCAAAGGGAGUAAUCAAAUAAAGGCAUUGCAAACGCUGAUGUUGCAUAUUAUGGUA